GAUAGACACAAUGUCCAAUUUCACAAUGUGCCAUCAACUUAACUAGAAAGAGUGGAAUGCUGUGUUACAAUUAGUGUUAUUUUAGUAAUAUUUUUACAGCAUAUAGUCUACAGUGAAUGCUUUGGAAAGUGAUAACAAAUAAGUACAGUAAGUGAGAACAAAUAUUUGAUUGCACAAAAAAGUGGACUAGUUUAUUAAAUCGUCCAAGGAAUCGUGUCGUAUGAUGAAUUUCAUCCGCGUAUUAGUGGCGUGUUGCGUGUGCUAUAUUGUUGUAAUAAUGUUAGAUAACGCGUGUUGGGUUAUGAGUGCUUCAGACGAGUGCACGAGGAGAAUGACUUAGUUAUUUUAUGUUGACAGUCGCUACAAAGCUCGCAGUCGCUUAGUCUCGCCACAGAAGCGCAACGGGCGCGUGUCAACGCAUUUUAAAUUAUGGCAGCGGACCAGGUAUUCCACUCGCGUUCCUUGGGUAUUCCCUCCGAGGGUGUAAAAGAUCAGUACGCUGACGGCAAAGCGGCAAAAACAUGGAACAAGUUCAUCGGAGAUAGUAAUCAAAGAACGCAGAACUACAAAGACUUCUUGAUCGGUCUCUUGAAGAACAACGGCUGCAAGACUGUUCUGGACGCCGCUUGUGGUACUGGGAUAGACUCCAUGAUGCUGGUGAAUGAAGGGUUUAAAGUGGUGUCGGUUGAUGCUUCGGACAAGAUGUUGAAGCACGCUCUCAAAGCUCGCUGGGAGAAGAGAAAGAACCCCAAAUAUGAUGAUUGGGUAAUUGAAGAAGCCAACUGGGAGACACUCCCGCAAGACAUCGAGACGUUUCUACCAGAUACCCAGUUCGACGCCGUCAUAUGUCUCGGGAACUCGUUCGCCCAUUUGUUGGAUGAGUACGGAGACCAAAGGAUGCAGAAGCUGUGUCUGAGCAACUUCGCGAAAUGCCUGAAGCCAGGCGGCCUCCUGUUUAUCGACCACAGGAACUAUGAUGCGAUGAUCAACACUGGAGCCACUCCGGGGCAUUCAAUUUAUUAUAAUUGCAAAUACCCGGUUGAUAUCAAGACCUCGGUUCUGGUCGUACGAGGUAGAGCCGAACUCGUCGCAUUAGACUACUGCAUAGAUACUUCAAACGAUGGGAGCAAACAGGAAAAGAGUGAGUUCCGUCUAUGCUACUACCCACACAAGCUAUCAACAUUCACGAGCAUGCUGGACGAGGCAUUCGACAACCGAGCCCGGCACCACAUCUACGGAGACUUCCAGCCGCUGGACAAGGUCCCCGUCCCUGCCUUCUACAUACACGUCAUGCAGAAGACUAAAAAUUAAACAAUAAUUUGCAUCUGAAAAUGAUCCGUAUUUCCAACACUUUUAAGGAAAAUUUGUUUAGCUUAAAGUAGAUUCUAGGAUCUGUUUAGAUCAACGUCAAUUUUAAAUUCUUUUGAUUUAAGACUGAUUGGAAAUAAUUUUGAUUUACUUUUUUCUUUCGCUGUAAUACUUACAUGGCAUUAAAUAGUUAAUAAACUGUUGACAAA